AAAAACAAGUUAAUUAAAGUAUACAUUUCACUCACAUAUUCACGUGUGUAGCCGUGUAGGCAGUAGGUAGCUGCCUAGCUGCACCCCAUUUGACCAUUUCAGUUCAAGGCAACUCUACUUCCUCAGCUUAUCACUCCAACUCCGAGCCUCUACUUCAAGAUUUGAUGGCGGAGCAAGACGGCGUCGCCGCCGCAGCAAAGGCGGCGCAGCCCAAGAGCCGCCCGGUGGGCGGCACUGAGUAUAGCUGGUGUAGAGCGGUGCCCGGUGGGACGGGCAUAACGGUGUUGGCAAUCCUCUUAUCGAAACCCGUUGAUAUUCCACUUCUCGAAAAUGCCCUCCUCAAGUUGCAAAUUGCCCACCCAAUCCUCAACUCCAAACUCCGCUACCACGCCGCCACCAAUUCCUUCUCUUACCUCACUCCCCCCACUCCUCGCCUCCAAAUCCAGCCGUUCGAUCAUUCCUCAACGGCCGAGAUUCUCCUCCGCCGCGCCGCUCCCUCCUCCAUCUCGGACUUCCACCUCAUCCUCGAGCACGAAUUAAAUCGCAACACCUGGCACAAUCCCGACCCUUCGUCCGACUCCGAAGCGGACACUUUCUUCGCCAGCGUGUACGACCUGAACGGCGGCAAGCGGGUACUGGCCCUCCGGCUGCACACGUCAGCCUGCGACCGCGCCACCGCCGCCGCAUUGCUGACCGAGCUGCUGCACCCCCUGGUAGGCGGCGGCGGGCAGGAGGAAGGGACACAAAGGGAAAUAGAAAGCGAAGGCGAGGUGGGUUUGGGAAUAGAGGAUUACAUUCCAAACGGGAAAGCCAACAAGCCAUUUUGGGCAAGGGGAUUGGACAUGCUGGGAUAUUCUUUGAAUUCUUUUAGGUUAUCCAAUAUAGCUUUCCACGACACGGAAUCUCCUCGGGCGUCGCAGGUGGUGCGGCUGACGUUGGGCAAACACGACACUCGCCGGAUUCUGGAUGGGUGCGAAGCCAGAGGUAUAAAAUUGUUUGGGGUUUUGAGUGCGGCUGGGUUGAUUGCAGCCCGGGCUUCUAAAGAGCUUCCAGAUCAUAAAUACGAAAAGUAUGCAGUUGUCACCCUCAUGGACUGCCGUUCAAUUCUUGAUCCCGUGCUUAGCACCAACCAUGCUGGGUUUUAUCAUUCUGCUAUCCUCAACACACAUGACAUCAAGGGAGGAGAAGACAUAUGGGAAGUGGCAAAAAGAAGCUACACAUCCGUUGCAAAUGCCAAGAACAAUAACAAGCAUUUCAGUGACAUGGGUGAUAUGAACUUCCUGAUGGGCAAGGCCAUAGAAAACCCAGGCUUAACCCCUUAUUCAUCCAUGAGGACUGCUUUUCUCUCUGUGUUUGAAGACCCUAUCAUCGCCAUCACUCACCAUCAACUUGGGCUGGAAGACUUCAUUGGCUGCUCUUCUGUUCAUGGAAUCGGCCCCACCAUCGCCAUUUUUGACACCAUUAGAGAUGGGGAGUUGGACUGUGCUUGUGUGUACCCUUCUCCAUUACACUCUAGGCACCAAAUGCAGGGGUUGAUUGAUGACAUCAAGAGGAUUCUUCUUCAAUCUUAGCAUCCGAUCGAUCCAGCCAUUAUAUUGUAUCAAUUACAAUUACCCCUUUUAACAAAUGAUUAUUUGGACGUACUAUUUAUUUUCAUUCCUUCUCUUUCUAAUGAAAAAUAUAAUGUUGUUUUUA